CUCAGCUUAUAUGCUGACUGGCACUCAUUUUAAAAUUAUCUAUCGCAAAUCAACUCAUCAAACAAGAGGAUCAUGAUGAACUGUAGCGAUACACCAUUAGAGGACUACUGGGAAUAUCAGCUCAGUCAGAAUAUCUACAAAUAUGGUGGGAUCAUUCUAUUGGUCAUUGGAAUCAUCGGAAAUGUAUUAUCGAUGAUUGUUCUUCUCAGGAAAAAAUUUCGAACAACCACUACGGGUGUUUAUCUAUUCGCUCUAUCAGUGACAGACUGCACUGUCAUCAUAUGGGCUCAAUUCUUACGUCAUGCGCUCCGUGGUCUAACUGGGAUCGACCUCCCAAAUCAGUACCCCUGGUUCUGCAAGCUAUGGUACUUUAUCAUUAAAGUAACAACAACUGCCUCAGGAUGGCUUCUGGCAGCACUGACCAUUGAACGGGUUCUAGGUAUCUACAUGCCACUGAAAUGGCGCAUCUACAGCACAACACAAAAUGCCAGGAUUGGGAUAAUCGCCAUCUAUAUUUCCUUAGCAGGCAUCAACAUGCAUUACUUCUGGUCAUACGGUCCUGUUUACAUCACAGAUGAGAAAAACAUCACUACAAAAGCUACAGGGUGUUCCAUAUCAACUGAUGACUCUAACCUAGAGCACUUCAUGCUCAACUAUAGGCCAACAAUGGAUCUAAUCACAAGAACUUUCUUGCCAUUUGCGGUUAUUGCCAUUGGCAAUAUUAUGAUUAUAUUUAAAUUGAAGAAACAGCUAAGAACACGUGAUCAUCUGACACAAUCUAAAAAUGAAUUUCAGAAGAUUGACAAAUAUGGUGCUGAAAAUCCUGAAGCCAGACUUCCUGCUUUUCAGACCAAUGCCUUAACCACUAGGCCAACCCGGCGACCACAAGGGCUAAGUGCCAAUGGAAGUUCCCCUGACUUGAAUUGGUCCUAUCCACCAGAUAUUGCAAAACCUCGAGAAAGAAUUGCCCAUGCAGAUGACUCAGGGCUGAACCAUGCAUGA